CGCAUGCGUGGUUUGUAUUCUACGUGUGCUGCAGAGAGGCGGAAGCGGCGCUCGGUAGACUAGGCAUAGAGGAGAGGGAGCAGCAUCCCGGAGACAGUCAGCAUGGUGAUCUCAGAAGCUCCAGAAGUCCUAUUUAGGAUACGUGGCGGGCUGAAUCUGUCAUUUUCAUUGGCCACAGCUGAUGAAUCCUCCUGGAAGAAGGCCCUGAUGAAAGCGCUUGGUAAUCUUUCCUCUAAGCUUCUGUCUGAAUCCUUGGUAUUCCACGUCAGCAGAACUUCAUUGUACGUAUGGCCUAACACCGGAGUCACCACAUCACCCCGCGACCUGACCGAUGACUCCCCUUGCAGAGAUAUCUUCAGUUUUAUUCAAAAUGAUGAUGAUGAUUCCAGACGCAAAUCUUCCAAAAAGAAGGAGAAAAAGUUGCAUGAAACGCAGCAGGUGGUGAACCUCAGCCCCAUGUUUGAAAUGUCGACGUCUUCGAAAGCAGUGGCUCCAACCAUUGAAUACGACACCCAGUGUCAUCAUCUUGUAAACAUCACCCUGCCCAUGGAUACGACUGCGUCUGUCCCUGCAGAAGAGAAGUGGGGCAGGGUACUGAAGAUCCUUGUGAACAAGCUUACACAGCAGCUGAUUGACAUGGAGAAGUGCCUGCUGAAAUAUAUGAAAGGAACUGCCAUUUGCGUGGCUGAACCAUUUCACUUCAUGUUACCCGGAAGGAGAGAACUGGUCACUGUGGUGUAUCCUGCAGGAGUGGCCGAGUCUCAGCUAGAAAAUUAUAGAAAGGUGUUACAUGGUGAGUUUAACGUGCCCCUCGACAGGCCAUAUUUCAAAAGAGCCAACGCCUAUCAUUUUCCAGAUGAGCCGUACAAAGAUGGGUAUCUUCGAAACACACAUGUACACCUAAACCAUCCAUCUCUGGAGGGAGGCAUUCUCUCCAUGGUACAGGGAAUCUACAGUUACCAUCACUACAUGCAGGACCGUAUGGAUGACAGUGGCUGGGGCUGUGCCUACCGUUCUCUCCAGACCAUCUGUUCCUGGUUUAAAUACCAAGGUUAUACCGACAGAUCCAUUCCAACACACAGGGAGAUCCAGCAGGCUCUGGUUGACGUUGGAGACAAGCCCUCAAGCUUUGUUGGAUCCCGGCAAUGGAUUGGCUCAAUAGAGGUACAGCUGGUGCUUAACCAGCUGCUCGGUGUUACUUCAAAAAUUAUGUUUGUAAACCAGGGCUCAGAACUGGCCUCCAGAGGGAGGGAUCUUGUUACUCACUUCCAGACGGAAGGAACCCCAGUGAUGAUUGGGGGAGGUGUGCUGGCACAUACGAUUCUUGGAGUGAAUUGGAGUGAGACAACUGGAGAUAUCAAAUUCCUGAUUUUAGAUCCACAUUACAAAGGAGCUGAGGAUCUACAAACCAUUGUGGAAAAGGGAUGGUGCGGAUGGAAGGGAGACGAUUUCUGGACUGCCGACGCUUACUACAAUCUCUGUUUACCUCAACGACCUGUAGUCUUUUAAUACUGGUUAACGGUUAAAGGGGUUGUCUGGGUAUUUAAUAGUGAUGACCUAUCCCCAGGAUAGGUCAUCAAUAUCUGAUCGGUGGGGGUCCGACACCCACUGAUCAGCUGCGUCACUGAGUGCCACAGUGUCGUCACGUUCAUCAGUCACACAGCCUAGGAGCAUCUAAGUCCCAAUAUCAAGCACAGCCUGUAUCCAGUGGACAGUGCUGUGCUUGAUAUAUUUUGGUGGAGGGGAGUCAGACUCCUACCAAUCCUGAGGAUAGGCUCUCAAUAUUACUCAGACAAUCCCCUUUAAUUUAAGGUUAAUUUUAAUAUUUUGUUGUAUCAACAUUUUUUGAUUUGCAAGAUAAAUAAUUAAAGGGGGAUUCUGCUGUCAAUAAUA